ACAACGCUCUGGAGGAGAAGUUCAGAUCGGAGCUCGCCAAGAGAGAAGAGAGUUUUGGCAAAAUACAGGAGGAAUGGCAGAAAAAACUGCAGAUGGAGAACAAAGUACUGCAAGAGGAGAUGAAAGAUCUGCGAGAAGAGAACAAAGUACUGAAAGAGGAGAUGAAUGAACUGCACAUGAAAAUGUAUGUGAUGGAAGAGAAGAAGAAAGAAGUGCAGAUAAUAAUGGAUUUCGUGGGAGAGGAGAGGACAGAACUGUACAAGCAGAACGAUGAACUCAUAGAGGAGAACAAAGAACUGCACAAGCGGGACAACAAACUCCAAGAGGAGAAGGAAGAACUGAAGAAAAUGAUGAAUGUAAUGGAGGAGGAGAAGAAACAAGUGCAGAUAAUAAUGGAUUUAGUGGGAGAAGAGAGGAAAGAACUGCACAAGCAGAACAAAGAACUCCUAGAGGAGAACAAAGAACUGCACAAGCAGAACAAUGAACUCCUAGAGAAGAAGAAAGAACUGCACAAGCAGAAGAAUGAACUCCAAGAGGAGAAGGACGAACUGCAGAAAGUGCAUAACGCACUGGAAAUGGAGAAAGAAGAACUGCAGUCAGAGUACAAAGUACUGGAGGAGUUCUGUCUGAAAACACAGAAGAGCCGACAUUUCUGGUUUUGGAAGAAGACAAAAGAGGAGAAGAUGGAGAAAAAGGAAAAAGAGGAGGAGAAGGAGGCACGAAAAGAGAAACAGAAAGCAGAGAAAGCAAAGAAGCAAAGCAAAGAAAAGGAGAAGAUGGAGAAAAAGUGGAGUCGUUGGAGCUGGUUGCACAAGAAAAAGAAGUGUGACAGCGACAGCAAGAUGGAGGAGGCUGCCGGUUUUUCAGCUCAGGCUGGACAACAGUAUCGGUACGGAGGACAGCUCUGUAAUGAAGGGCCGCAGAAGGUGAACAAGGCGAAGGAGAAGGUCGACCAGAGCAAAAAUAAAAGCCUGCACUUGAAAAAGGAGAAGAAUCUCUCUGACAGGCUCGCAAGCCAGACCGCAAGCUGGGGCAAAAAGCAGACCAAGGAGGAGAAGAAAGACCUGCUGAAAAUGAAGAAUGUAUCGGAGGAAGUGCAGAUGGCGAACAAAAAGCAGAAGAAUGAACUCCAAGAGGAGAAAGACGAACUGCAGAAGCAGAAGAAUGAACUCCAAGAGGAGGACGACGAACUGCAGAAAAGGAUGAAUGUAAUGGAAGAGGAGAAGACAGAACUGCACAAGCAGAAGAAUGAACUCCAAGAGGAGAAGGACGAACUGCAGAAAAGGAUGAAUGUAAUUGAAGAGGAGAAGACAGAACUGCAGAGGGAGAACAAAGAAAUCCAAGCGGAGAAGGAGGAACUGCACAAGCAGAACAAAGACCUCCAAGAGGAGAAGGAAGAACUGCAGAAAAUGAGUAACGCACUGGAAGUGGAGAACAAAGAACUGAAGGAGUUCUGUCUGAAAAGACAGAAGAGCCGACAUUUCUGGUUUUGGAAGAAGACAAAAGAGGAGAAGAUUGAGAAAAAGGAAAAAGAGGAGGAGAAGGAGGCACGAAAAGAGAAACAAAAAGCAGAGAAGGCAAAGAAGCAAAGAAAAGAAAAGGAGAAGAUGGAGAAAAAGUGGAGUUGUUGGAGCUGGUUGCACAAGAAAAAGAAGUGUGACAGCGACAGCAAGAUGGAGGAGGCUGCCGGUUUUUCAGCUCAGGCUGGACAACAGUAG